GGUGGUGGAUGAGCUCAUACGAAAGCGAAAAGAAACAAGUUUAGCUUUUUGGAAUACGGGCGACCACGAUUGCAGCUUCAGUUUCAGUUGAAACGCCAGCGACGCCGCAUCGUGAGAGAGCGAGGGAAGGCGAUAAAGAAGAAGUCGAAAGAGAGCCGCGAAAAGAAAAACGAAAAUCGAAAUAAAAAAAGUGUGUGACAAAACGUGUACAAGUGUUUGUGUGCGUGUUAGAAUUGUACUAGCAUUUGCCUUAGUAUUAGUACUACUGGCUAGUAGAAGCCUUUUUCUUUUUCCCCAACUAAUUGGUACCAAAAAAAUAAAACAAAAAGAAAAGAUUCAAAGAGCGUGUUACGUGGCCGUAUUUCCAAUUGGACCAACUCAUAUUUUGAGCUGACCAGCUGAGCUACUGGAAAGAGCUUCUAAUCAGAAUGUUCUCAUUUUAAUUAAUCAAUUCAAUAUUUUAUAUUUUUAGGCAAAACCAAAAAAAAAAAAGAAACAAAAUUCUAGUGAAAAAACAAACACGAGAAGGGGGUUAAAACUCUUGAGCGGCUAAAACAAAAUCAAUAAUUGGCCCUGCGUCCGGCACAGUGUGUGUGUGAGUGCUUAUGUUUGUGAGUGGGGGAGUGUGUGCGCGUAUUGGUGAGAACGACAAUUGGAGCAAUGCCUGCUGAUUGAUAGCAAGAAAAAAAACGAAAAAGAGGUCUAACUAAUAUAUAAAAGAAACAAUUAGAGUAAAGAACUAAUUUAGUGCAAUAAUUGAGUGAUCCAAAAGCCAUGCAACCCGCAACGCUCAGCACGCCUGUUAAUAAUGUUCCCUCCGCGACUCCCAUUGCCCCUGCCGCCCCUGCCGCUGGGGCUAGCAGCACUCCUAUACGCAUAAAUAGUGCCAAACAGCAUGGGGCGGCGGGUGGAGGUGGUGAUGCCAUCCUUACGCAUCCCUCAACACCGCAUUCUCAUUCGAUGCCCGGAACACCGCAACAACAACAAUCGAGCAGCGUACCCACCGGUGGUCACCUGCUGCAACUGCAGGCGCCCCUGCCAUCGGCGGGGGGCGCUGUUACGCCCACUGGACUGUCCAUGGGCGCAUCGAAUCAAUCGCUGGGCGUUAGUGUUGGCGCCGCCAGCAGUGUCAGUGGAAUCAGCAUAACGCCGCCAAAUAGCGCCGGACUGCGUCAGUCGACAGGAAUCGCCAAUUGGGCCUCAGACAAUCGGGAUGGCAAUCUGGCAGAUAAGUCAGCUGCUGAUGCCGCUAAACUUAAUAGGAAAGAAUCCUACAAGGCCCAGAGGAAAAACUACAGGCGGGAGAAGAAACGAGUGGCCAGUGAGCUGAUGAACUCCCUGCAAGAUCCUGCGGUUAUAGUCCUGGCCGAUUGGCUAAAGGUUCGAGGAACUCUCAAGUCCUGGACAAAACUGUGGUGUGUGCUCAAACCUGGUCUUCUGCUCAUUUACAAGAGCCAAAAGACCAAGAGCAGCCAUUGGGUGGGCACAGUGAUGCUCACCUCCUGUCAGGUUAUUGAACGCCCUAGCAAAAAAGAUGGCUUCUGCUUCAAGCUAUUCCAUCCCCUGGAGCAGUCCAUUUGGGCGCCGCGAGGACCUGACAAGGAAACCAUUGGUGCCGUUGUCCAGCCGUUACCAACCGCUUACCUGAUUUUCCGAGCUCCCAGUCAGGCAGCUGGCAAAUGUUGGAUGGAUGCCCUGGAGCUGUCUCUGAGGUGUUCGGCUCUUCUGUUGCGUUCCAAUAGCAGUACAGGAGCUGCACCGUCGUCCAGUUAUGUGGGUGAACCGUUGCCUGUCUCCCAUGAGACACAAUGGUCGGAGGCGGACUACGAGAAGCACUUCAACGAUCACGAUCUGGACGCAGACAGCCAGAAUGAAGCACCUAAUGCGGUCAUGUCUGGUCCGGAGUCAGAAUCGGAGUCGGAUCCGGCAGAGCCGGCGCAAGAAGAUAUUGCGGAGCAGCAAUGUGAGGAGACCACGUAUGUGCCCUUCACCGAGGAGGAGUUUGGCGAGCAAGGGGAGCAGGUAGAGGAGUUGGCAGAGGAGAACAAGAGCCUAAUUUGGUGCAUUGUCAAGCAGGUGCGACCGGGGAUGGAUCUGAGCAAGGUAGUGCUGCCCACGUUCAUCCUGGAGCCGCGUUCAUUCCUGGACAAGUUAUCUGACUCAUAUUACCAUGCGGAUUUGCUCUCCAAGGCCGUGCAGGAGGAUGACGCAUUCACGCGCAUGAAGCUAGUUGUGCAAUGGUACCUGUCAAGCUUUUACAAGAAGCCCAAGGGGCUGAAGAAACCCUAUAAUCCGAUACUGGGCGAGCGAUUCCGAUGCUAUUGGCAGCAUCCCAGUGGAAGUCGAACUUUCUACAUUGCGGAGCAGGUCUCGCAUCAUCCACCAGUGUCGGCUUUUUAUGUGACGAACCGCGAGGACGGCUUCAGCAUCACCUGUUCCAUCCUGGCGAAAUCGAAGUUCUACGGCAACAGCACUUCGGCAGUGCUUGAGGGCGCUGCCACAAUGACGUUGCUGCCGCGCGGUGAGUGCUAUACGGCGACCUCGCCGUACGCCCACUGCAAGGGCAUCCUGAUGGGCACACUCUCCAUGGAGCUAGGUGGCAAGAUAAACAUCGAGUGCGAGAACACCGGUUACAGGACGGAGCUGGAAUUCAAGCUGAAGCCGUUCCUCGGCGGAUCUGAUGCCACUAAUGUGGUUGUUGGCAAAAUCAAGUUAGGCAAGGAGACACUGGCCACCAUCAAUGGGCACUGGGACAAGGAGUGUCGCGUGAAGGACUCGAAGACGGGAGAGGAAACGUUACUAUUCAGGGUGGAUGCCGAGACCCGUUCCAAGCGGCUCACUCGACAUCUGGUACCGCUGGAGUCACAGGAACCUAACGAAUCGCAGCGCCUGUGGCAGCAAGUAUCGGAUGCGAUUGCCCGCGAGGAUCAGGUUGCCGCCACAGAAGAGAAAACUGUGCUGGAGGAGCGGCAGAGAGCGGAAGCCAAGGAGCGGGCCAACAACGACUCCAUUUACGUGCCCGAGCUUUUCGAACUAGACAGUUAUGGUCAGUGGUUGUACAAGUACUCUGAUCUGCGGCCUUGGGACUCGCGCAAUGAUGUUCGCCAGUACGAGUGCCAAUUUAAAGUGCUUACCCAGACGCGGCACAAGUCGGUGCCCAUUAUCCACGGCGUCGAGAUGAUCCAUCCCCUGCGUAGCUCCAUUGAGACGCUUUCCCGCACCCAAAGACAAUCGCCGACGGGACAAGCCAUAAAGCCGGGCGGCCCCGCAGUGUCAAAGGCCAAGAAUAAGAGCCUGGUGCUGGCGCCGCGCGACACCAACUCAGACUCUAGCCAAUCGCCGCAAGGGGCUGUUAAACGGAGUUCCUCCAGCGCCAUUAAGCAACUCGCCUUGUCGGUAGAUCAGGUGAACCGCGUGCUGGAGCUGCACACCCGGCAGCUGAACGAGAUUAGCCAGCGCCUGGAGCGCAUGCAGUACUCGCCCCCGCCAAGCAGCAUGACCUUGCAUUCGCAUCACUUGCUGGGUGGCGGCGUUUCGCAGUCGACGGUGAUCAAGUCGCUUAUCUACGCUCUGAUCGGGUUGAUCUUUAGCCUGAUCUUGCGCUGGCUUUUCAAGUAGAUUGGCGGAGUCGUUGUUGGUGUCAUUUCGUUUAGGCUUAAGCAAAGUUUUGGUCAACCUAUAGAUAACAUAUAUAUAUAUAUAUAUAUACACCCUAGAGUACAGACAACGUAUAUGCUUUACUGAAUUGUACAUUUGGUCCUACUCAAAUGCCUUUGCACGCUGCCAGAGAUUUAACCCCAAACCGAGGCGCGUGGCUAGAACAUCCGUUGUGAGAAAGUCUAAUCACGAACUAUAUAUAUAUAUAUAUAUAAGAUUAAGUGUUUGUCGUAUACUAUAUAAGUCCCAACAAUCCAAGGCUCUCCUGCAGACAACGUCCAUGUUCAAGUUUCUUCUGCAAUUAUCCCUGGAAACUCUUUACUCAAGUUAGACCUUCUGGGUAGGUUAGGAUUUCGGUCGGAUAUAUACAUAUAUAUAUAUAUAAAUAUACACACACGUACGAGUAGAUGAUGCACCAGAUUUCGUAAAAAUUCCAAUUUAACCGCUGCUACUAUAUAUGUAGCUAGUUCGCUUUUCCGUUUCCUUCUAUAGACAGUUAAUAUUAAAUGACACGAACGAACAAACAAUGCUCGAGAGGCUUUCUUACCUUAACACACAUACCUUAGAGAUUUAAUGCGAAAAGUGCUUAUAGUAAUUACUUUUAGUAUCUCUUAUACACAAACUGUUUUUCCUUUUUCCCAAAAAAUACCUGCAUUACCUUAAAAACUUAAUAAAUUCCCCUUUUUCAAAUCAA